AUGCGCGGGAAGCCGCCAGCGUCGUCGCCGCGCAGCCCAGAGAAGUCGAGCGUCGAGCGGUCUCGAUCCGCAUUCGUCUCCCCGCAUCGGCGCUCGGCGCGCGGCUGCUCUGGCCUAGGCCCUGGGUAUCGCCCCCCCCCACGCCUGCGAGAGAGACUUGAAGUGAAAAUGGCGGGUUUAAGUCAAAUGCAAGCAAAGUUGGCUGCAUAUAAAUCGGACACAAACGAAGCCAUCUCACUAAAACUAGUGAGAAACCUGGAGGAUCUAGAGGAUGAUGAAACAACAUUUAAGCCGGAGUAUAGCCACCAAGUUUUUGAUGACAAUGAGACGGUGUUUGGAUACCAGGGGUUGCAAAUCCAGCUGUACUACAGUGCGUGUCGCCUCACCACCCUGCUGAACAUCAAGUACACAUCUCGAGUGGAUGAAGCGUUCCACGGCCUGGAGGCAGAUGACAUCGAUGCGAAGCUGCGCAAGUACGUUCCACCAGGAUGCUGUUCCAACGUGGAUGACUUUGUUUCACUGCUCGAGAAAGAUGCCUCGUUCAAACCGUUUGGGGAGCUUCUGCACACGUACACCGUGCCAAGCCAGGAGACGGGUGGAGACAUCACCUACCAAAUCUACAAGGCUGAUAUGACAAAUUCAGGUUUCAAAGAGUUCCAUUCCAGGCUUCAAACUUUCCUCAUCUGGUUCAUUGAGACUGCAAGCUUCAUUGAUGUGGAUGAUGAGAGGUGGAACUAUUUCCUGCUAUACGAGAAGUACAUGCAGGAUGGCUCUCCCCGCUACGCCGUUGCAGGCUACAUGACCGUCUACAGUUACUAUGCCUACCCUGACAAAACACGGCCACGCAUCAGCCAAAUGCUGGUGCUCCCGCCAUAUCAGGGCGAGAGUCACGGUGCCCGUCUGCUGGAGGCCGUGCAUCGAUUCUACAUCGCCGAGCCCAAUGUGCUCGACAUCACGGCUGAGGACCCGUCGGAGAACUUCUCGCGCUUGCGGGACUUUGUGGACACGAAGUUGUGCAUGGCGCUGCCCGCCUUCUCCCCGGACAAACUUUUGCUCGGUUUCACCCGUACCAUGGCCACCGAGGCCCAGAUGCGCCUCAAAGUCAACAAGCGGCAGGCGCGGCGCGUUUACGAGAUCCUGAGGCUGAAGGCAACGGAUGGGAGCAACCAGAAGCAGUUUGAACUCUACUGCCAGGAUGUGAAGCAGAGGCUCAACUUGCCCUUCAAGAAAAACAACCGCGAGCUGGAGAAGAUGCGCCGCUUUCUGAACUCGGAGGAGCUGACGGCACAGCUGCAGCAGCUGGACCCUUUGCGACAGGAGCAGUGGCUGGAGGAGCAGCUGCAGGAGACGCUUGUGCAGUACCGCCGCGUGCUUGAGCGCAUCGCACAAGCCUAGCGUCCUUGCCGCGCCCCACGUUAGGGGCGCUUGUGCUUUGCUGCACAACACACACAGUUUGGCCGUUGAUUGUUAAUCCCCCUGCGACGGCGAGGUCAUCGAGCGUGUUGCGUUGGCGCCGAUCGCUCGCCCCGUGCGCGCGGACGGUUUGCCUGCUGCGGUGUUGUGUUCGGCAAAGUAGAGGAGGCGACCCCUGUUAACGCAAAAUCGAGCGAUAAAAUAAAGGAAAACUCCUGUACUCCCUGCACAACAUGAGCAGUCGGCGCAGCUUGUGCUGGGAAUUUGGACAGCACUGAUAAUGCGAGGCAGCUGUGAUGCCACCAAUUGGAAGUUGGUUGUGGUCACACUGAGCACUGAAGGUGGCACUGCAGUGUAUAAGCAGUUUUCUGCUAUCAUAAAAAAGUUUGUUUUGUAUCAUAGGUCACACUUGUAAGCAAACUAACAGUCUUUGUGAAUCUACGUGUGGGAUUUGAAGCAAAUUACAAAGCAUUUAGUUCACUUGUAAACGGUGCCUACCUUUUGCUUUACCAGUGCUGUCCACCAAAUAUGUGCAGCAACUGCCCCACCCCCUUUUCACACUUGUACAGCCAGGGGAAAGUCCAUCUAACACAUGGCCGUUUGAAUUAUUGGGUUACCUGGAUUAUAAAUGCACCCUCAAACGGGCAAUAAUGACUGAUUUUUGGAUUGUAAUGUAGCUUGAAUGUUUAAAUUCCUCCAUGUACAUAUCUACCCUUCAGAGCUCUGCAGGCGCUCAGCUUGCACGGGUAUUGUGCAGCAGUGGCAGUAAUCACUGCGGUGGCUUGUGUCAUCCACCUGAAUGGCGCGUGUGCAUCGUAUAAGUGAUAAUUGAUAUGAGCAAAACUGGAACAACAGCACUGAGCGCCUUGUAAAGUGUUUGUGCUUUUGCAAGAGACGUAACGGCAGAGCUGAUAUAACUUCUGGGCUGUAUUUCCUAGACACAACAGUGACUCGGCUAACAUCUGUUUCCUUUUUCUAACAAGCAUCAGAACAUCUGCUAAAUAACACCACGUCUUACCGACUAUUACACUGUGUUUUAGACUUCUUAAUUGUUCACGUUACAAAUGUUGCUGCGCCACCAUUUAAGUUAUGUGCAUUCCUGCACAAGAUUUAAACUGAAGUGUUUAUAAAGUUGAAUGUUGUCUUCCA